UCUUUCGAAACAACCGAGAGAGCCCUUUGAGAUUUCCAAAGAUCAACAAAUUCAAAACCCUAAAGAAAGAAAGAUUCUCUUGAGUGUUUGUAAGGUAUGGCUUCGUAUCGGAUUAACAGGGAGCUUAGGGACAUGCAAAAGGAUCCUCCAGUCUCAUGCAGUGCUGGUCCUGUGGGAGAUGAUAUGUUCCACUGGCAAGCAACUAUAAUGGGUCCAAGUGAUAGCCCAUUCGCGGGAGGUGUGUUUCUUGUUUCCAUUCACUUCCCAACUGAUUACCCCUUCAAGCCACCUAAGGUUUCUUUCCGCACUAAGGUUUAUCACCCCAACAUCAACAGUAAUGGGAGCAUCUGUCUUGACAUUCUCAAAGAGCAGUGGAGCCCUGCACUUUCCUUAUCCAAGGUUCUUCUGUCGAUCUGCUCACUGUUGACAGAUCCAAACCCUGAUGAUCCUCUGGUUCCAGAAAUUGCUCACAUGUACAAGACAGACCGAGCCAAGUACGAGACCACUGCCAGUGUCUGGACCCACAAGUAUGCUAUGGGAUGAGCGAUUAGCAAUAAUGGAUCCUCACGAGUGCAUUGCACUUUGUCUAAGAAGAGGAGAAAUAAGACUGGAAAAAAAAACUUUUAUUAUCUUAAGCUGUGCACAUGAGCUUUUUACUAUGCCUUGUUGAGAUAUUGGAAUGCUUUGAGUGAAAUAAUUGGAAUGCUAGUAUGAAAUGAAUUUCAUGUUCAUUGCUUGGUGGAUUUAACUAUUUUAGUAACAGUGAAAUG